AUGGAGCACCAGACCUUCUUUCAGCAUUAUCUGCAAUAUCUGUUGUCCUCCAAAGGGCUCUUCUCAAUUCUGGUCGCGUUUCCUGUCCUAUUGUACCUACAGCAAACGGCCUUGAAACCCAGUGGCAAGACGCGGAUUCCGGGGUGCUUACGGAUGGGACUCCGCGGGAAGAGCAAUCUCGAUGAUCAAUAUACUAUCAAGGACCGAUCUGCUGGUUUGCCGCGCGUGAAGGCGAUCUAUGUCUAUCCUGUCAAGUCGUGUCGCGCAGUUGAGCUCGCGGCUUCGGAUAUUUCCCGCACUGGACUGAGUUAUGAUCGAAUGUUUUCCUUUGCGCAAUACGUGCCGGCAAAGCAUGGUGUUGGAGAUGAGACGUCGAUUGUAGAUUCUGAAGGCGCUCAGCAGUGGCGCUUCAUCACCCAGAGGGAGUUUCCGAAGUUAGCUUUGCUCACGACAGAGCUUUGGGUACCAGAUCCAAGACGCGAAGUUGAGGCGGGUCGCCAUGGACAGAGAACCGAGAAGCGCACAGGGACCAUCAUAUCUGCCCGCUCUGAAGGAUCGAAGAAAUCGAUGUCAGACGACUGGGUCGGACAGGGUGGGUGUCUCCUCUUGAGCUUCCCCUACCAGCAGAAGUCCACUGUCUUUGGUGAGCGAACGGAGAUAAUUACCAUGAAGAUCCCAUUGACGCCAUCACCCCAGAGAGUGCGUGAGAAGAAGUACACGUCAGAGCCCAUAGCCAUAUGGAAGGACUGUCCGAUGUCUCUGAAUGUGAGCAAUGAGAUCGACCCGAACGCCCUUGCCAAAUUAAAAGAAUUCUUGGGUGUGAAGAACACACUGGGUCUCUUUCGAGUGGAUUGUGAUAACCUACGUGAAAUCUCCCGCAGCUUGCCCAAAGAUCACUUGGACGAGAAGUUCAAUGUCGGCUUUGCCGAUGCUUUCCCGGUACACCUACUCAGUCUCGCGAGUGUCCGCGCUGUCGACGAGGACCUCCCUCCCAACGCUUCCACCAAAGGCAAAUUGGAUGCAGUUCGAUUCCGAGCCAACAUAUAUGUCGAUGGAGUGACUGCUUCGGCCGAAGAUCAAUGGAUGAAGAUCGCCAUUGGUCGUGCGCUUGCUGGCGAUGGGAAGUUUGGACCAGCGGGAUACCACGUAGCAUGCAGGACCGCACGAUGUACGUUGCCUAAUGUACACCCGGGGAGUGGUGUGAAGGAUAGGAAUGAGCCCCAUGCGACUCUCAAGCGGACUCGUCAGGUCGACGAAGGAGCCAAGCCGCAUCCGUGUCUGGGCCUUUCCAUGAUUCCGCUCUUUACUCGCGGUAUUAUUCGCGUGGGAGAUGAGAUCGAUGUGCUGCAAAUUGGAGAGCACUGCUAUGAGAAGAUGUUUAGCUAG